AUGAUAACCGACAACGCCAGAUACCCAGACCCCAAGCGGAGCAUCCCACCCCGUGUCCGCCUCGACGGCGAACGCAAGCACAAGGGAUGGGAUCUGGACGCCCUCUCCAUUGAGGGCAACGAAGGUGGUCGUCACCUCGCUUGGCUCCCGUCUCUACCCGCCAAUGCGCCCAUCGACCUCAUCCGCAAGGUGUACGAGCGCGACGGCGUAGUACACUUGCGCGGUCUGCUUCCGAGAAAGGAAGUACUCGAUGUCCGCCGUCGCUUCUUUGAAUAUGUUCAGCACACUGGCGUACUGAAGGAAGGCACUUCGCCCGAGGAGGGCAUCUACAGCGGCAUCUACGGCGAGCUCGACGGUGAAGACCCGCUCGCCGAGUAUCGGACUGGCGCCAACUAUGAACGCUUUGUUCGAGACUUUGUCGCUCAUCCCCUCAUUGCCGACAUGGCUGCGCGCAUCAAGUGCGAGUGGAAGCAGCCGUGGGCUUUCAGGCAGCAGGUGCUGCGCACCAACCUACCCCACUCGCGCCGCACCGCUACCCGCGUGCACUACGACCAGAUGUACCUCCGAGGCAUGGAACCGGACGCACUGACGGCGUGGAUUCCAAUCGGCGACAUUUCCCCCAUCGGUGGCGGGCUGAUGUAUCUCGAGGACUCCGUGCCGCUGGGCACCGAGAUCGAGAACCUGUUCAAGAAGCUCAACGCGAAUCUCCCAGAGGAGGCGCAACUGGACGCCUUCAACGAGAAUGUGGCGGUCUAA